AUGAUGCUUACCCAUGUCAUGGAAGAGAAUAGGUCCCUUAAGAGGUUGAGCAUCGAUCCUUCGUCGGUGGUAGGAGACUUCGACGUGCAUUUGUACGGUCGUGUGGAAAGUAGGGCUGCUGCGAGUGCUUCCGUGCAGAGUGCGAAGGGUCAGGAGACAUUGAUUGCUGAAGCGGCGAAGCUGCUCAAGAAUGUUGGAUUAGAGAUUCUAGCCGAGUACGAGGCCAAGGAUAAGGUAGGCUGGAAGGGGGUAGGCUGUGUGGUGUCGGUUGAUGGUUCCGAAAAGGGGCUAGCUUCCCCAGUGGUGUUUCAGCAGCUUCUGCGUUGGGCCGAGAUAGGGGUGUUUGGUGGCAUAAUCUUGGGAUCAUGGUUCAGUGAGAUUGGGGAUUCUGAAGACGAAAUGGUCUUAAAGCUGAGGGCCAUCCUAUUGCACUCGGUGGCGCAGGCGUUUGGGGAUUCUGGGGCGCUAGAGUUUGAUGAAGCUAAUAGAGAUGAGGUUAGCCCAGAGGCAUUUGAGGAUCCACAUCAACUAGCGCUCUGGGCUCUCCAAAGGUCUGCGGCCCGCCUUUCGGCGUCAACAGAUCGGGUCUCCAAGCGAGAGCCUGUCUUCUUUGUAUGUGAGAGAUCUGGGAACGCCGCUGAGAAAAAUGGAUGGGACUCUGAAACUUGGAAGGGCUUUCAACAAGCCUAUGGGUUCGAAGAGGUGUUGUUUGAUCAGGCCUGCUUAGGGGGGUCUGAGGUUGGCUCCACCACGUUGCUAACUUCGUCGUGGUUCCUGUAUGAGACGUUGCAUGCCAACAGAACGAGCGAUGAGAUUCGAUUGUUCCUGAAAGGGUUAAGUGAUCUACGGAAGCUGUGGGGCCACGAGAGCCCAGGAGGCUGGACCUUAGGUUUGCGUAGAGCGAUUCGAGGGGCAUGGCUUCGUUGGAAAGAGGAAUUGGGCAAAUCCGAAGAGGUUACGCAGCGUAGAGCUUUACUUGCGAAGCUCACCGAAGAAGAAGCUUACGCGAAGCACGUGGAGCAAGAUCAUGUUCCAUAUCGCAAAGGGUGUCCGAUCUGUAUUAGCGCACAAGGGCGACAACGAUCUCAUUGGAGAAGCUCCUUCCCUGACCUUCAUGCACUCAGUGUUGACAUGGCAGGUCCGUUUGUUUCGGGCCAGGCUUUCAAUGUAGAAGCUAGUGGGCGGGAUCGGGGGGGAGGGUAUCGGUACAUGUUGGCUUUUGCGUAUGCAAUACCGAACCGGUUUAAGAGCGAUGUGGCUACCGAAUUGGAAGAGUAUGAACCUUCUGAGUGUGGGCAGUUGACUCCUGAAAUUGGGGACUUAACUAAAGAUGCUUUUCCUCCAACAGCGCAGGGGGAGCCCGGGGAACUCUUCCCUGAGCUGUUUUCUCUCCCUUUGGAUGGACUUGAAGGUGAUGGGAGCUUGAGGGCGGUGACCCAUCGGGUGCGGUCCAAGCGGCCGGAGGGAGGUGAAGAAGAGGGGGAGGCAGUGUCAGGCGGUGUCUCGCUUGAGUUCCCCAAGGUUAGUUCGCACCGUGAAUCGCCCGCGGGUAAUAGAGCGGAGCUGGCAAUCCAGAACUUGAAGGGUUUCGUACGCAAGCGUACGCGCACCGGCUUUGAUGCGCAAUGGGAGCCUCGCACGGUGCAGGGGAUUUAUGUUGGCCAUGAAGAGGAUGCAUCGGACUCCAUUCUUGAGGAAUCAGAGUUUGAUCUGUUGGACUCGGGUAAGGCAGAGGGUUCGGUUUGGGACAUUGGCUUUCCUCAGCCCCUUCUCGAGGAUGCUCAUCGCGAGGCCUGGGUAGUCUGGCAUGAUCGUAUUGCGCGGUUAAGUCGGAUGCUUCUGGGAGAUCUCUGUAACGCUACCGAGGGGAGUGAUGAGGUCUCAGGCAUUGCUGAAAAUCUAAGGAAAACGGAAUUGUUGGGGCAAUGGUUAGAACAGGGCCUGGAGCAAUGGGUUGAGCCAGGAGAUAUGUAUGGGAUUUUGAAGUCCUUGCAUUCCGAGAUUCCUCUGAACCCUGGGUCGGAGGCCCCAGAUCAGUUCUUGCAAACUCGCACCAUCAGUUUAGCAGAGGCUCGAAAGGAGUUAGGGUUGUGGAAAGAUCCGGCGAUUGAUGAGGUUACCAGUCUCGAGACCACGAGUCAGGCAGUAGAUAGGGUCAAGGUGAGUUUGGUAGAACAGUGGAUUGAGCAGGGUUUCAAGGUGAUCCAACUUCCUGGAAAGGCUGUCCUAACUAGGAAGAGUGGGACCGGCAAGCGCCGGUUCCGCGCGGUGUGUUGCGGGAACUACUUACCACCGGAGAAGCUGGGAUUGUCCCGUGACGACAUCUAUGCGUCGGGUGCUGAAGCGGUAACCCUACGGGUCUCCUUGUCCUUUGUUUCCAUGUUUCCGAACUGGACCGGGAUCACAAUUGAUAUCAAGACUGCCUUCUUGUAUGCUCCCAUAGGAACCCGAUCAAAGGAUCAAAAAGAAAGGAUCAUUGUCAAGCCCCCCUCGGUGUUGAUUGAGCUUGGAGUUCUGAAGCCUGAGGACAGGUGGUAUGUAAAGAAAGCCCUAUACGGGCUGCCGACGUCUCCGAGGGACUGGGGGGACUACCGGGAUGGUGAGCUACGGAAGUUCGUUGUCACUUGUGAGAGUAGGUCCUAUGGGCUGAUCCAAUCCAAGUCCGAUGAAUCCCUUUGGUUCCUUAGGCUUAUUGGGGAGAAUGGUCUUGGGGAUAUUUGUGGGAUCCUCGUUGUAUACGUAGAUGACCUAGCUUUCUUCUCGACUAAACUGCUUUGCCAGGCGUUCAUUGAUCAAGUUCAGGGUCGAUGGAAAACUUCUGAUCCCAGUUGGUUUGGGGAGGACCCUGUAACCUUUUGUGGGGCAGAGGUUACCCAGACUGAAAAGGGCUUCCGGCUUACUCAGGUUGCCUAUCUUAAGGAACUUUUCCAGCGCUACGAGAUUGAAGGUACUGCAGCAGUACCACUGACGAAAUGGACGGAGCCGAUUGAGGAGGGUGUGCCCGAUGCAGACUUGGUACGUCAAGCCCAAGGGGUGACCGGAGCCCUGUUGUGGGUUUCGACAAGGUCUAGGCCAGACAUAGCCUAUGCCGUAUCAAGGAUGGGCCAACAGGCCACAAAGGUCCCAUCGCUGACGAUCUCGAUUGGCAGACAAGUGUUGCAGUAUCUUCGUUCGACGUUGACGUUUGGGAUUGAAUAUUUGCACGAUUCCGGCCCAUACUUCUCCGCUCACGGUCAGUUGUCAAUGCCUCGCCAAAGCACUGUGCUGGAAGUGUAUUCGGAUGCAUCUCACUCGCCUUGUGGAGGGCGAUCGAUUCAAUGCUGCCUGAUUGUGUGGAGAGGUUCGCCAUUAGCCUGGGAGAGUACCAGGCAGAGCUUCACGACUCUUUCCUCCGCCGAGGCGGAGCUGGUGGGAAUGCUGCAUGCGCUCCAGUUAGCUGAAUGCCUCCAGCCUCUCCUGGAUGAAUUGCUAUCGGCCGACAGCACUAUUGCACUUCUUGCCGACAACGCCGCGGCCGUUCGAGCCUUCGAAACGGCCCCGAACGGCUGGCGUAGCCGCCACCUUCGAAUGCGCGCCCAAGCUGCGCGCGAACGCAUUGAAUCCAACCAGCUGCAAGUCACUCACCUCUCAGGUGAGCUGCAGGUAGCAGACGUUGGCACCAAGCCGCUUCCAAGGUGCUUAGGGGAUCGUGUUGAGGAAUGGAAAGCGCUACGGGUCGCUUCAGCUUUUCUACGGCAAGCGCUGUUAGCUGCGGUUGCUGCUCUUUUGGGAACGGGGCCUCAUGCCAUCGCUGUUCAAGGACCACAGUGGCCCAUGAUUGUCGAGCAUUAUAUCUGCCAGGGAGAGUUCAUUGGACAGAAUACGGGAAGCGAGACUCUAGCCGAAGCCAGUGAAUUCACCGGUCCCGUGUUCCCACAGGUCUAUUGGGGUCCUCCUUACACGGUUCAUUACUUGUGGGUUCUGUUUGCUCAGUACGGUUGUAGUUUGUUGAGUUUCCUCGGGGAUCAGGUUCGAGAUUGGCGCGCGUUGAAGUUUGUGGCUUCGAAUUUUCGGGCUAGCAUCACUUAUGGGUUGAUUGGGUGGCUAGAGAGAACUGGCCGUCAGUAUCGAAGCCGGUACCUGAAUGAUCCUGCGAGUUCUUGGGAUGCUGCCCAAGCUUAUCUGAGAACCGGUGUGCGAGCGCAAUCUUUCGAGAAUGCUUCAGAGGACACUGAUCGGGAUGAUGACUCGGGUUUGGAUGACCAUCCUCAUAGGGCCCCGGUUGUUAGGGAGGUUCGGGUUCGCCAAGUGUUGGUAGCCUCGGAUGAGACAUCCGAUGAGUCCUCUGAGCCGACGGAAACUUCCACUACCGAGCCCUCCGUAGCCUCAGUAACUGAUUCGAGUGAGUGUAGGGAUGUGGGACAAGUUCCCAUGCCCCAUCCGUUGAGGGAGUCUGAGCUUGGGCUACCGGUGUUGCGCUAUCAAGCCGCGGAAGAGGCCCUAAUAGUGUACUAUGGGGAUGACUCUUUUGAAGUUCCUCUUCAGGGUUGGUCCGUUGAAGCAGUUCAGACUAUUGUUGAUGGGAUCGAGUCUGGGGAUUGGUCGGAUUGGCAGGAAGCCGUUGAUAAUCUCCCACGUCCCAAUCCUGAGGAGGCAUUUCCAAGUGAAAGGCUGCAGCUCAUUAAGUAUGGUCGUUUGUGGGGACGCUGGGCUAGGUUCUGGGUGACUGUAGCGGUUAUCCUUGGAGUUCUUUUAUGGGGUGUUCAGGGGGCGAGGGCUGAGGACUUUGCUGGUAUGUGCGAGCUAGUUCUGCCUGAGAGCCUCGAGUCCCAAGCCUUACAGGCUCCGGAAAUACGCCUGCUUGUUACCGAAGAGGGAUGUAGUGGGACCCUGCUUGAGUGCCUGUUUCUGAGCUGUUUGCUGAUUGGAGCCUGGGAAAUCAUGAAGUGGAUCGCUUCGCGAGUGUUUAAGCGCGGAACCUAUGAACAGGGGGCCCAAACGUCUGAGCUGAUGUUUGUGCCAUUGCCACUGCCUCCUGGGGUAAGGUGUCGAGCUAGGAUCCUGUAUAGCCUGUGGCGAGCGGGGUAUAGCGUUCAGGUUGAUGGUUACCCUGAGGGAGUCAGAACGCAAUUUGAAGGCCUGGUCGGAGAUUGGCUUGUUCGCAACAACGAGGGGAUCGAAUCCUCGCCGGAGUCUUCCGACUGA